GCGGUUCCCAGCUCCCAGCUCGUCGUAUGCGCGGAACAGGUACAGACUCUGGUGGAACCAAGUAUAAGUUGUAAAUGUCCGCAAUAUUCGAAUAGGUUAUAGAAACAUGUUGCUGUUCAACGGAAAUUAUCACGUGAUAUGUUUGAAAACAUUAGUUAAACAAUUUUAAAUAAUGUUGUUUAUAUUCCCCCGUAUCAAUUAUUUCACAUCACGUUGUUUUGCACAAAAAAUAUACCACGAUUGGAUAAGAAUUAAAAUGAAAAACGAACAGAUACCACCUAGCAGGGAUGAUCCAGUGAUUAAAAAAUUGGACAAUCCAUUGUUUCAUUCCUUAUUUACGCCAGAACUAAAAAUCCUAGCAAAAGUAUUUAAGAAGCGAAAUUAUGAAAUAAGAAUUGUUGGUGGAGCUGUUAGAGAUAUUUUGAUGGGUAAGAAACCAGUGGAUCUGGAUUUUGCAACAGAUGCAACCCCCGAUAAAAUGAAGCAAAUGUUUGAAGAAGAAGAAAUCAGAAUGAUUAAUGAUAAAGGAGAGAAACAUGGUACAGUUACUUCGAGAAUUAACGAUAAAGAAAAUUUUGAAGUAACUACACUCAGAAUUGAUAUAGUUACUGAUGGUAGACAUGCCGAGGUCAUCUUUACAACAGAUUGGAAACUAGAUUCUCUUCGUAGAGAUCUUACAAUAAAUUCGAUGUUUCUUGAUUUUGAGGGAAGAGUCUAUGAUUACUUUUUUGGUUAUGAUGAUUUACAAAAAAGACGAGUUGUAUUUGUGGGAGAUCCAGCAAUUAGAAUUCAAGAAGAUUUCCUCAGGAUAUUCAGGUAUUUCCGAUUUUACGGAAGAAUUGCAGAACAACCAGAUGUUCACGACGAAGAGACAAUAACAGCAAUAAAAAAUAAUGUACACGGUUUGCAAAGGAUAUCAGGUGAAAGAAUUUGGAGUGAAUGGACAAAGAUUCUUUCCGGAAAUUACGUGAAGGAGUUGACGUUAAAAAUGUUGGAAUGCGAUAUUGCAAGAUAUGUUGGACUACCAGAAAAUCUGAACAUAAAAAGUUUUGUAACCACUCAUGACGCAUGUAAAAAGAACAAUGUUUCUUUACUUUCAAUCUCCUAUCUUACUGUAAUGUUAAAAAAUGAAGAAGAAGUCCUUAAGCUUCAUCGAAGACUAAAGCUAUCUGCGUUUGAAAGAGAUCUAGCAUUGUUUCUAGUUUGUUCAAGAGAAGACAAACUAACAGACAAUCCUCUGAAAUUUUAUAAAAGAAUGCUGAUUCAUUGGAAAUUCAACCGUGGAAAUACUAUUGGGAAAAGUUACAUUUGUGAAUUACUUAAAUGUAAACAACUUUUCAGUCUUGCUGCAGAGAUUGAAAACGUUGUGCUACCUAGAUUUCCAAUUAAUGGGCAUAUGCUGGAAAAUGACGUUACAAACAAAAAAAUUAUUGGUGUAGUCAUAAAAGAACUGAAAGACAUUUGGUUGAAUAGAAAUUUUGAAAUAACCGCAGAAGAACUGCUUCGCGAAGUUCCUCGAAUUGUCAGCGAAAUAGAAGACAGUUGUUAACACAAAUAAAUAGUUUUAAUGAAA